CGCGCCCGCAAGCCGCCCCUCUGGGCUGGCGCCGGGUGGUGUCGGUCCACCAAGACCGUGAUGACGCGCCGCCGCCACUGGACUGGAGGCGAGGCGGCCAUUAGCCACCACAAGGCAAAGCUGUGGACCGCGCCUCCUCACUCCUCGCUCGGCCGGCUCCGCCUUCGCCAAAUCCAAUCUGAUCUGUGCACUGUGCAGCGAUCUCUCGGCACUCUGCUGCGCGCGAAGGAGCUUGCGAGCAUGUACAUGCGACGCAACACAACUGGAAAGAAGGAUGCGGCUGUCUGUUAUAUGAAUGCCCCUCUACCGUACGCCAUUGAAGAGAAUCACGGUGGAUGCUUCUUUGAUGACGACGAUGAUCUUGCACAAGUUCUUCAAGAUCAGGAAAUAUUGUAUCAAUUAUUUCAAGGAAAUAAUGGUAGCAGCUCAUCAAGAACUCAUUCAAUUCCCAGUUCUAGCUAUGGUCAUAAUCGGGCAUCAAAUGAACGAAAACCAUCAGGAGUUGCAAACUAUGAUUAUGAGUUGCAACUAGCAGUUGAUGAAGCUUUAGCUAGAGAGUUGCAAGAAAUGGAGGGCCAACUAGCCAAAACAGCACUUAAUGACAAUAAUGGAAGAAAGCCGACAUCCUCUUCAGCAUCGGAUAGAGGCAAUAAUUCUGCAAGCAGACCUCCUCAGGUAGUGGAGGAGGAUGGAAUUGAUCCUGAUAAUAUGACCUAUGAGGAACUGCAACAGUUAGGGGAAGCCAUUGGUACCCAAAGCAAAGGGCUGCCUGAAAGUGUCAUAGCACUCUUACCGACUUCAACUUACAAAAUUAGGAUAUUCUCAAGAAAGGAGAAAAAUGAUGAGUGUGUGAUCUGCUGUAUGGCUUACAAGAACCGAGACAGGCUGACUCAAUUGCCCUGUGGACAUCAGUAUCAUCAAGCUUGUGUCUCCAAAUGGUUACAGAUCAACAAGGUAUGCCCUGUUUGCAAUAAGGAGGUUUUUGGCUCGUAAAAUGAGGAUUGCAGAUUCAUCCGAUGGCCAGCUCCAGCGACCAUCUGAAGUGCCGCGGUUAGAGCUAAUGCACUGUAUUGCUUAAGGAUCGUAACACCGUCCAAACAAGUGAUGUCUCGAGGAAGAUCGAUAUGAUCUCUGUUUCUGAACUAGAGUCACUGGGACAUUCAGACUUGAUGUGACACUGUAGUCCUUUUUAUCAUCUCAUUGUGUAUAAUGGCCAGUUCAUUUCAGUUUCUUGGCUCCACCUCAUUCAGCCACUCUCUCUGGAAUAUUGCAACUUGGACUGAAUCAGUAACGGCGCGAAGAUUUAGGCGCUGAUGAAUUAUUCUAAAGCAAUUGGCACUGUGAUUAGCCAA